AAGUGAAAGAAAAAACAAUUGGUAGUGUUUUAUUUCAUUUCAUCUCUUAUUAUUGUUAAUGAUAUCAAUUGAACGAUAAUUAAAUACGAUUAUUCCAAUUCAAUUUAAAGUUGGAUUAGAUUUUAAAAGAUUUUUUCUCGUCAUCAAAAUCGCAUAUCCAUUACAUAAAAACAAUCAUCAGCUGAAAUAAUGGCCGAUUUAGAUUUUGCUGAUUCUUCUGCUGUACCGACAACUGAUGAUCCGGUAGCUGAAUUUCUUGCACGUGAACAAUCUGUUCUUGGCGAACUUGAUGAUGAUUUCAAUAAGGAUGCCCAACCUACAACAACGACAACUGAUGAUAUGUUUGAUUCCAAUGAUAUCAAAUUGAAUGGAGAUCUAAAUGAAUCGGAACAAGCUAAUGGGGAAAUUAAUAGCCUAUCGAAUGGUAUAUCGGAUUUAUCCUUAAAUAAGUCGGCAUCAGGAAGCAAUACAGAUCCACCUCAAUCAAUGAUGAUGAAUCAGCCAAUCAUACCGGCUGAAGAGCCGGAAUCGAUAAAAAGAUGGCGUGAACAACAUGUAAAAAACCUUGAACUUAAAGAUCAAGAAGAAAAGGAAAAAAUUGAAGAACAUAGGCAACAGGCCAAAAAAGAAUUGGAAGAAUGGUAUCAAAGAUAUCGUGAAGAAUUGGAAAAAACAAAGAAACAAAAUAGAGAGAAUAGCAAAGCUGCCGAAAAAGAAUUUAUAUCCGAACGUGACAAUGAACAACCGGCAAGUAGUGGUCUAGCAUGGGAAAAGAUUAGUCGAAUGUGUGAUUUUAAUCCGAAAACAUCACGAAAUACACGUGAUACAUCACGUAUGCGUUCAAUAUUGUUACAGCUAAAACAGAAUCCACCGGCGUCAUCAUCAUCGAUGGGUGGUGGUCUUUUAGGUGGUCAAAGUGCAUCAUAAAAAAAACAGUAUAAUGUCACCUGGAACAACCCGGCUAUACAUGCGAAACGUUUGCACACUUGAAGUCAAUUUUGUCAAAACAAUAUCAAUUUCGGCAUUGAAUAUUUCAAAAAUCACAUUUAAAUAAAACUUACAUUAAACAUUUUCAUAAAGUU